UCGGUCCGGAAUUCAGCGCAGAGUGAUGCCAGUCCCAGUCACAUUUAGUCAAGGAAUAAUUCACUUUUACCUCCUCUGUCAUUUAAUCUAAUCAAGUGAUCCAGUUUUACUUGCAGACACACACAAAGGCGCAACUUCAGGCCAUGCGCUCUAUGUGAACAUCUGCGCAAAGACGCACAGACUGAAAUACAUUUGACAGCUCACCAACUGGACUUUGGAGUGGACAUGUGAAGAAAUGGAUAUGCAGCCUCUUCUUAUGAUCAAAAUGCGAUUUGACAUCAUCGUCGUCCUCAUCCUUACUGCUGUGAUUGUUCCUCUGUGCACCUCGCAGUCAGUGUGUCCUGGCACUGAUAACAAGCUCAGCACACUGUCAGAUUUGGACCAGCAGUACAAAACUCUUCGCAAGUUCUACGAGAAUUGUGAGGUGGUCAUGGGUAAUCUGGAGAUCACCAGUAUUGAAAGAAACCGCAACCUGUCUUUCCUCAGGUCCAUCCGUGAGGUGACGGGUUACGUGUUGGUGGCUCUGAAUCAGUUCGACUAUCUUCCUCUGGAGAACCUGCGGAUCAUCCGUGGCACUAAACUGUAUGAAGGACGCUACGCUCUGGCCAUCUUCCUCAACUACAGACGAGAUGCCCACUUUGGCCUUAGACAACUCGGCCUCAAGAACCUGACAGAAAUCUUGAAUGGAGGUGUGUAUGUGGAUCAGAACAGGUUCUUGUGCCAUGCUGACACCAUCCACUGGAAUGACAUCAUCAAGAACCCACGUUCUGAACUUCUGGUGGUUCCUUCCAACAACAGUGGCAACUCAUGCAGACGGUGUCACAGAUCUUGUAAUGGACGUUGCUGGGGUCACCAGGAAGACCAGUGCCAAAGCUUGACAAAAACGGUGUGUGCAGAGCAGUGUGAUGGACGCUGUUUUGGGCCGUACGUCAGUAACUGCUGCCACCGUGAAUGUGCAGGAGGCUGUUUUGGACCCAAAGAUACAGACUGCUUCGCUUGUACCAACUUUAAUGACAGUGGGGCCUGUGUGACACAAUGUCCUCAGCCAUUCGUCUACAAUCCCACAACCUUCCAGCUCGAACACAAUCCCAACGCCAAAUACACCUAUGGAGCUUUCUGUGUCAAGAAAUGCCCACAUAACUUCGUGGUGGAUCACAGCUCUUGUGUCAGAGCCUGUCCGAGCAACAAGAUGGAGGUGGAGGAAAACAACAUCAAGAUGUGCGUCCCGUGCACUGACAUCUGCCCGAAAGUGUGUGAUGGUAUAGGUACCGGCAGUCUUCAAACGGCUCAAACUGUAGAUUCCAGCAACAUUGAUAAGUUUGUCAAUUGCACCAAGAUCAAUGGCAACCUCAUCUUCCUCAUCACAGGCAUCAAAGGGGACAUGUUUCAUGGUAUAAAAGCUCUGGACCCUGAUCGGUUAAAUGUAUUCCGCACUGUCAGAGAAAUCACAGGUUUCUUGAACAUCCAGUCUUGGCCAGAAAACAUGACAGAUCUUGGUGUUUUUUCAAACCUUGCCACCAUUGGAGGACGCUCUCUUUAUAGUGGUAUUUCUCUGCUGAUCCUAAAACAGCGCUGGAUCUCUGCGCUGAAGUUCCAGUCUUUGAGAGAGAUCAGCGCCGGUAACGUCUACAUGACCAACAACAGCCAGCUCUGCUUCUACAACACAGUGAACUGGACCAGUCUGUUCCACACCAGCACCCAGAGAGCUCUGAUCAAGAACAACAGGGACCCAAGAGAGUGUACUAAUGAACAGAUGGUUUGUGAUCCGUUGUGUUCAGAGGGAGGAUGCUGGGGUCCCGGUCCAGACCAAUGUCUCUCAUGCAAAUACUUUAGCCGAGGAAGGACAUGUGUCAAGUCCUGUAAUUUAUAUAAUGGGGAUGUUCGAGAGUACGCCAAUGGCUCGGUUUGUGUUGAGUGUGACAGCCAGUGUGAAAAAGCCGGAGAGAAAAGUUUGACCUGCCAUGGCCCGGGGCCAGAUCACUGUCUGAAGUGCUUGCAUCUCAAAGACGGACCCAACUGUGUAGAGAAAUGCCCUGAUGGUCUGCAGGGAGCAAACAGCUUCAUCUUCAAAUAUGCUGAGACCAACAAUGAGUGCCAUCCCUGCCACCCCAAUUGCACCCAGGGUUGUAGUGGACCCCGAGUACAAGAUUGUGCUGGCAUGUUGGACAGGACUCCUCUGAUUGCAGCUGGGUUAAUCGGGGGUCUCUUUGUGAUGGUCAUCAUAGCUCUGGGUGUGGCCGUUUACAUCCGCAGAAAGAGCAUUAAGAAAAAGAGAGCUUUACGUCGUUUCCUGGAGACUGAGUUGGUGGAGCCAUUGACCCCCAGUGGUACCGCGCCAAACCAAGCCAAGCUGCGUAUAUUGAAGGAAACUGAACUUAAGAGAGUCAAGAUUCUGGGAACUGGAGCCUUUGGCAUGGUCUAUAAGGGAAUCUGGGUUCCAGAAGGGGAAACUGUGAAGAUUCCAGUGGCUAUAAAGAUACUCAAUGAAAGUACAGGACCUAAAGCCAAUGUGGAGUUUAUGGAUGAAGCACUGAUCAUGGCCAGCAUGGAGCAUCCUCAUCUAGUGCGUCUUUUGGGGGUCUGCUUGAGUCCCACUAUUCAGCUGGUAACUCAGCUCAUGCCCCAUGGCUGCUUGCUGGACUACGUACAUGAACACCAGGAGAACAUCGGCUCCCAGCUGCUGCUCAACUGGUGUGUGCAGAUCGCAAAGGGUAUGAUGUACCUGGAGGAGAGGCGGCUGGUGCACAGGGACCUCGCGGCCCGUAAUGUCCUGGUAAAAUCUCCAAACCACAUCAAGAUCACUGAUUUUGGACUUGCUCGACUGCUGGAUGUUGAUGAAAAGGAGUAUAAUUCCGAUGGAGGCAAGAUGCCCAUCAAGUGGAUGGCCCUGGAGUGCAUUCAUUACAGGAAGUUCACACAUCAGAGUGAUGUAUGGAGUUAUGGGGUGGCUAUCUGGGAGCUGAUGACUUUUGGAGGAAAGCCCUAUGAUGGGAUUCCCACACGUGAGAUUCCAGACACCUUGGAGAAGGGCGAACGUUUGCCCCAGCCACCCAUCUGCACCAUAGAUGUUUAUAUGGUGAUGGUGAAAUGCUGGAUGAUUGAUGCUGACAGUCGGCCUCGUUUUAAAGAACUUGCUGCAGAGUUCAGCCGCAUGGCACGAGACCCUCAGAGAUACCUCGUCAUACAGGGGGAUGACCGCAUGAAGCUGCCCAGCCCCAGCCACAGUAAGUUCUUCCAGAAUAUUCUGGACGAGGAGGAGCUGGAUGACCUGAUGGACGCUGAGGAGUACUUGGUUCCUCAGACCUUUAAUAUCACUACCUCUUCACACACAUCAAGACCACCAAUGGAUACCAGUAAGACACAACUGAGGUGUCAUGAGAGAGUUUUUAGCCCAGAAGACGGGAUGGGGGCUUGUUCCCGUGAAACUUCUGGAUCAGUGAGUGGCAUAUUCCUCCCUGGUAGCACACAAGGUAUGGGUCAUGACACCCUUGAGGAACAACAGUGUAAUGGGAGUUUGAAGAAACAGCCCGUGUCCAGCUCAGGAGACGACUGCGAUGGCCAACGCUAUAGCGCUGACCCAACUGUCUUUCUCGGAGAUAGGAAUCCAAAGACCACUGAUGGAGAUGGGUACAUGAGCCCUAUGAACAAGUCAUCCUCAGACCAUCUUAGUCCUGUUGAGGAGAAUCCUUUUGUAAACCAACGGAAAAAUGAAAAUAUUAAUGCACUGGACAACCCGGGUUACCACAGCACCCCUGAUAGGAAACCCAAGGGAGAAGAUGAGUAUAUCAACGAACCCCUAUACCUAAACACAUACAAUAACAUUAGUGGUACAAACCCACUACGGAUGACAACAGCAGCCAACACCGCAAGUAGCCACGUUAUCCUCUCAACACAAACUUGGAAAGCCCACCACCAUGGCCAGGGAACACAUGUUCAUUUCGCUGUUCCACCUGUUCAACCCCCCCAAACUAGAUCGAUGAGCCAAAAUGGCCAGCAUUCCCAGUCGCCACAUGGUGCCGAAUCCAAUUCCUCUAGCAUGUCUGGCAAUCCCUCCUUGUUAACCCAAAUCUCCCUUGUCAGCCAACAGAUCCAACCUUGUCUUGCAAGUCAGUCUGGCUCUUCAACCCAUUUGGCUCAAGCAGUAAAAUCUGCAGUCACUAGUAAAAGUAUAUCCGGCCUUCCCGGCCACCUUGUCUAUCCAGGUAACAUGCUUCAAGCAGGUCAUACUGGGACUGUAAUGGUCGACAGGAAGUCACAGAAGAACUUUGAUUAUCCUGACUACUGGCAGCAUAGUCUACCACCCAAAGUGACUCAGCCAAACCCUCAAGACCCAACGCAAGUGUGCAAAAGCAAACCUCUCUACAGCCACAGCAUCCGAAGUCGCAUCGCCGUGGCUGACAGCCCUGAGUAUAUUUCUGAGUUUAACAAGAGACCGGGAACAGUUCUGCCGCCUCCACCGUACCGGCAUAGGAAUACGGUAGUGUAACAACGCAGUUCUAGAGAGCCAGAUUCUCCUACCAGCACAGUACUUCAGGAAUUAAGGAUGGAGACUUAUUGGAUGUUAAAGAAAACUGAUCAACCAAAGUGCCUCUGAACUAUUCCAAAAUCUAUUCCAUCUUUUCUAUUCCAAUAAAUCAGAAUGUAACCAGAUAUACACCAGAUAAUUUAACCAAAAAAUGAACAUCCUGUCACCAUUUAUUCUGUCAUGUCGCUCCAAACAUACUUAUGUUCAAACCCAAAUUAGGAUAUUUUUAAUGAACCCUGAGUGUUUUGUUUUCCUUCCACUGAAAGUCCCAAAAAUAAAAAUAAAAAUAAAAAAAUAGUUACAGCCAAAUGUAUUACUUUUUCUUACUUUCCUAAAGACAACAAUUUACAUUCCUAACAAGUCAAAUUAUUAUUAUAAACACCAUAUACAUUUUGUUUAAUUUAGUUUACUUACUUUAAAUAAAGAUAUCUUCAGAAGACAUUUAUUGUAAUGUCUCUUUAAAAUAUGCACAGAAACACAGAAGAAAAUAUUAAAACCCACAAACAUUUCUGCAGUCAGUAAAGCUAAUAUGUAUUCUGCACAUUGACACAUUGAUGUACUAUCUAGGCUAACUAGUUUAUUUUGUAUCUUUGGGGAUAGUUAUUUGCUUUUAGCCAAACCAGAACUGGAAACCAUCGAUUAGGUCCAAUAUAAAAAUACAAACACCGUAAUUUCACUUUUCCAGUGUACACCAGUGUUACACUCUGGUAUUUAAAAAUGUUCAUUUAGACAUCAUAAAAUGUGCUUGCUUGACUAAUGAGGUUCGUUGAGCUUCUAUUUGUCACAUUUGAUGUUCUGUAUUUAUGUGCAUUGGCCUCUGUUUAUAUGUGAAUAAAAGUCUAAAUGAAACCAUGUCAUGAAGUAUUUAAGUCUUUUCAGAAGAAUUGGCUUAAACCACUCAAUUCAUUUGGAUUUCUUUUUACGAUCUCUAAGUUUUGAUGGAAAUAACUUUCAAUGGAGGGACAAAAAUCUCUCAGGUUUCAUUUAAAAUAUGUUAAUAUGUGAUUUAAGAAGGUUUGGAAGGGCAUGAGGGUGAGUAAAUGAUGAAAGAAUGUUUAAGAAUUUUUGUGCAAACGGACUCUUUACUUCUCACCUGUUUCUCCUAAAGUUAGGACAUUUAAUGUGAGAUUGUGGGAAUUGGUGUCCAACUUGACUAAAAGGAGGGGGAAAACAAUGGGGAAAACACUUGCUCUUGUACCUUUUUUUUUUUUUUUUUGGUAAAAGGCAAUUGAGUUUAUUAUGGUUUAUUUCUGGUGUCGUAAGUUUAGACCAACUGUCUUUUUGACCAUUAUCCAUUCUGUAUUGUUGCUGUUGAUGCUGUAAGCUAUAUUCUCUUCCAUUUUUUUGGCUGAUGGACAUGUAUUACCAAUCUAGGACUCCCCCCAAUGAAACUGGGGUACAUUAACUCUUGUAUGUGAAAGAGACAAUAACGUGGUUUGUAAAUUGGCGUAUCAUCUUGUAAUAUUUAAUUAUUAAUGGACUACUCUGGUUGGUUACCAUUUAUUUUCAGUCAUGUUCUUCUUCACGUUGUUUAAACUUACCAGUUUCCCUCAGUUUUGUACUCGUAUAUAGAAAUUAUAAAAUCUGAUACAGGCAGAGAAAGAGCACACGGGGCAGCCAUACAGCUUCUUGAGCAAACGGGAAAUGAGUGCCUUCCUCAGUGUCACAAAAGAAUCGGUGGACGUGCCAGUGGUGUGAUGUGACCUGGAAUCUUUAACUGCUGUAAAUAUAAGUGAAACCAAUUUGGAUAUUUACUACUGAGCCACCCAUGUUCAAAUAGACUCACCCAGAGCCGGGAACCAUGUAUUGAACAUGUUGUUGUAUUUAAUUCAUCUAGUAAUGAACUUAAUGUCAAUAUUGAUAUUCUGGAAGGCAAUAUUACAGGUGAUGGAGGACACACUACUACUGGUCUCCAAUGGAGAAUUUUUCAGUGUACUCAAGACAGAAAAUACUUUUUUCUGAAAUGUAUCUUGCUCUCAGUGAGAGUGUGACUGUAUUGUGGCCAGGGAGAAACUGUGCAUAUGUUUUAGAAACUGUAAUGGACAUUUGUCAUUACUCAUGUCAGUGUCAUGGCAGAUAAGAAGUUUGGUCCUAUAUGUACCAUGCUAAAACUAUGUGACUGGUUUGCCUCUGACUGAACAGCUAUGGGAGAUGUAUCUACAUUUGUUGGGCUUUUCUGUUAUAUUCUUCUUUCCUUUUUUAUUCUUUCUUUGUACUUUUGUUCGUUUUGGGGCUAUUCCAAAAGAUGCAUCUCAUCCCUGUUGUAAUUCUAUUUGAUGGAAUGACACAAUAAAGGUCUUGUUUGAGAUUUUGAA